UUUCUCCAGCGCACUGGCAUUUAAAUCUGCGGCAGUGGGAAGCCUGUGGACGCCUGUCAUCGUGACUGAAUCUGCUCUGCCGGAGCAUUUGCCGCUCGUUUUCUUUUCUCUUUCACAACUGCAACAUUUGUCGCGUUCGCUGAAAGAGGCAUUGUCGAGUCUGGCGGCGCGCGCGUUUAUUCCAACAAUAGCCUGAAUUAAAGGCUGCCGCUUUGGCCAUGUUUUGAUCGUGACAUAACAGCAGAAUAUUUUGUAAUGAGUUGCAUUUUGUAAUUAUGAUUUAGUCUUUUGUGCAUUUUGUGUCGUGAGUGGCCUGCAGACAAGGGAACCUUUUCAAUGGACACUUAAAAUAAAUCGACGUCAGAAAAGAUCCAUUCAUUCGAAAACGCAUCAUUCGGCGAGUUUGUGCGUAUUUGUGGAAAAAUUGUCCAAGAAAAGACAGAAAUAGUGUACAAAGGCUGUAUAUAUUAGGGUUGCAUCAUGUUCAGCUGGUUGGGUACCGAUGACAGGAGGAAGAAAGAUCCAGAGGUCUUCCAGACUGUCAGUGAAGGACUCAAGAAGCUCUACAAAACCAAACUGCUUCCACUGGAGGAGCACUACAAAUUCCACGAGUUUCACUCACCCGCGCUGGAGGAUGCAGAUUUUGACAACAAACCCAUGGUUCUCCUGGUGGGUCAAUAUUCUACCGGCAAAACCAGCUUCAUAAGAUAUCUUCUGGAGCAAGAUUUUCCUGGAAUGCGGAUUGGUCCAGAACCCACGACAGACUCCUUCAUAGCAGUGAUGCAUGGCUCUAUGGAGGGACUAAUACCAGGAAACGCACUGGUAGUGGAUCCCAAAAAACCCUUUCGGAAACUCAACGCCUUUGGCAAUGCCUUCCUUAACAGGUUUGUGUGUGCCCAGCUUCCCAACCCGGUUCUGGAGAGCAUCAGUGUGAUUGACACUCCAGGAAUCCUGAGCGGAGAGAAACAAAGGAUUAGCAGAGGCUAUGACUUCGCUGCGGUGUUGGAGUGGUUCGCCGAGCGCGUAGACCGCAUUAUCCUCCUGUUCGACGCCCACAAGCUGGACAUCUCGGAUGAGUUUUCAGAGGUCAUCAAGGCCCUAAAGAACCAUGAAGACAAGAUCCGUGUGGUGCUCAACAAGGCCGACCAGAUUGAGACGCAGCAGCUGAUGCGUGUUUAUGGCGCCCUCAUGUGGUCGCUGGGAAAGAUCGUAAACACGCCGGAGGUGAUUCGUGUCUACAUUGGCUCUUUUUGGUCGCAUCCAUUGCUGAUUCCAGACAAUCGCAAGCUGUUCGAAGCAGAAGAGCAAGACCUGUUCAAGGAUAUACAAUCGCUUCCUCGCAACGCCGCUCUCCGCAAGCUCAACGACCUGAUCAAGAGAGCCCGUCUGGCUAAGGUCCAUGCAUACAUCAUUAGCUCCCUGAAGAAAGAGAUGCCCUCAGUCUUUGGAAAGGACAACAAAAAGAAGGAGCUGAUUAACAGCUUGGGCGAGAUCUACAGCCGCAUUGAGAGAGAACACCAGAUUUCCCCUGGAGACUUUCCUAAUCUGAAGAAAAUGCAGGAGCAGCUUCAGGCACACGAUCUAAACAAGUUCCAGCCUCUGAAAAUGAAGCUUUUGGACUCUGUGGAUGAUAUGCUGGCCCACGACAUCGCCCAACUUAUGGUUCUGGUGCGCCAAGAAGAAACGCAACGUCCUAACCAGGUGGUGAAGGGUGGCGCUUUUGAGGGCACCAUGAACGGGCCGUUUGGACAUGGAUAUGGUGAGGGAGCUGGAGAGGGCAUUGAUGAGGUAGAAUGGGUUGUGGCACGUGACAAACCCAUGUAUGAUGAAAUCUUCUACACCCUCUCGCCUGUCAAUGGCAAAGUGACUGGGGCCAAUGCCAAGAGGGAGAUGGUAAAGUCCAAGCUGCCAAACACUGUGCUGGGAAAGAUCUGGAAGCUGGCUGACAUUGAUAAAGACGGGAUGCUUGAUGACGAGGAGUUCGCCUUGGCCAACCAUUUGAUUAAGGUCAAACUAGAAGGUCACGAGCUGCCAAGCGAUCUGCCUGGGCAUCUCGUGCCGCCCUCCAAAAGGAAAGUUCCAGAGUAAGAUUUCGGAGUGAAUAUAAUGGAUUUAGGUUGCUUUUGAAUUGUGAAUGACUGGACAGCCAUUAUUAUAGAAAAAGAACAAACAAACUUGGUAUGAUUUAUGCUUCACUAGGAGGAAUGGAUUUGAAAAUGAUCCACCUUUUCAACUCUUUUGACCUGUGUAUGUUUUUUUUUUUCUUUUGAUUUUAGUUGUGGUUUCAUUUUUUUUUCUUUUUAUGAAUGAAAUUCUUGUCAGCCGUGUGUUUAAAAUCAUUUUGCGUGUGCUUUUAUGGAUUUUACAGUCAAAGGAUUUCUUGUUAUUUCAGUUUCAUCUUUUAUGACUCGAAUAUAGUGUCCUAACCGAACGUGUUGCGAUUUAAACAAAAAAAUAACCAAAGCCAAGCUUACACUGCAGGAGUUUUCAGUCUAACCUGAUUAUGAAAUCUGAUUAGAUCUUCAUAGAUUUCCAUUCAAAUCUCAAACAUGCGCACACGAUACAAUUACAAUUACUAAAUGCUUACAUACACUGUAAAACCCAACAGUCAACAUUAUUAAAUGAAAUGAGUGUAGUUAACUCAAAAUUUACAGAAAUUUAAUUCUACUCAUUUGAAAAGAGUUUUGAACUCAGUGUUGAAGGUAAUGAGUUAAUUAAAUACCUCAUUACUUCAACUUAAGUUUACUGUACUUAUAAAGAUUAGUUUUUUUUUUUAACUCAAAUGGUUUGUAGCAAUCGGUUUCCCCCAAAUGGUUAGAGUUGCCUUAACUUAUUGGGUUUUACAGUGCUCCGUUGGCUUGAGUUCUCUCCAUUUAUUGGGUUUUAUGUCCUCAAAUUGCUUCGUUUAGUCAAAUGGAUUAAGUUCACAGUACUCAUUAGGAUUAGUUUUUGAACUUAAAUGGUUUGUUGCAAACGAUUUGAGUUGCCUUAACCUUUUGGGUUUUACAGUGUACGCUAUAAGAUAUUAGAAUAAUCACAUGAUCUCACACAGAAGAUCAUCACUGAAGUGUUAACCGGUAAUGUUUACAUUAGUUAGCUAGCAUGGUAGCUUCAAAACAAAGAAGUUUCAGUCCUUUUUCAAGACGCAAAAAAAAAUCAUAAAGAAAUGGAUUUGGCAUUGAUUCUGAGAUUAUCAAAAUGCAUCACUAUUCUCUCUUGAUACUAUUCUGACCUUUUUUACUAAAGAUUUUUUACAGCAGAUGGUGCUCUAGGCUUGGUUUUUAAUGGUACACUCAAAUGCUCACAAAAAAGUGUUUGUGUGUUUUAAUGUAAAAAUUGCUGGGUUCCACACAAUUCCUUUGUGUUGUCCCAACACAAAUCGAUUACGUUAACUAAAUUGUUUAUACAAAUUUAAGUGGAUUGCACAUAAAAUAAUUAAGUUGUCGCAAAAAAAAAACCUCAAUUGUGUUGAUUCGGCUUAUUUUAAAUAAGUAGUUUGAACAAACAUCAAAAAUAAUUUCAAGACUCAAUUAAGUUUGCUUUUAUGUCAUGAAAUUAAUGUAAACAGCUCAGUUUGAUAACUUUUUAUUUUCUUAUGUCUUAUGUAUCAAUGAUUAUUUUAGGUUCAAGUGGUAUUUGUAAGAAAUUGGAUGCAAGCAGCUUAUGGCUGUUUGUAAAGCGUUUAGCGCCAUCUACUGUUGAAAUCUCAACUCAAAAGAGAAUGGUGAUGCAUUUGAAGAAUGGCAGAAUCAGUUUCUCGCAUUAUUUUUCACCCUGUCACCAUGUACUGCAGCUUGUCUUUCAUGUAACUUGUAGUCGAGCAUUGGCUGUUGUGGAAAUCCUGAUGUAAUUGUAGCCAUCCAGAUAUAAUAUCCUAAAUAUCAAACAUGUUUGAUUCAGUACCGAACAAUCUGUAAACAUAUUACCAGAAAAGUUGGACUGAUUUCUUUUUUUUUUUCUCAGAUUGAAGGGAUAAAUUGAGCUAAAACUUCUGUAGUGUUUUAAAGUUCAGCUUAAAAUGGCACAUUCUGGCAUUCGCUUGUUUUCAUUUCUGCAGAAUCUCAUUGAUUCACGUAACUACAUGACACUUCAAUAUCUUCUAAUUGGUUAUCAUUAUGUUAUGAUGCAUAGCUAUGUUGCGUUCAGAUGAAUUGUCACGUGGUUGGGACAUUGCUAAGUUGUUUUAGCAAUUUAUUUCACUUUCACGUUCAAUUUUACACUACUGUUCAAAAGUUUGGGGUCAUUUAAGAUUGCAAGAAAGUCUUUUUUAAAUGUGACUUCAGUGUCACACAAUCCUUCAUGUUUUUAAAAUUCUUAUUUGGUUCUGAAGUAACAUUUACUAUCAAUGUUGAAAGCAGCUGCUUAUUUUAGUGUAAUAUUUGUGUUUUAUUUGAUGAAUAUAAAAAAUGUCUGUCACUUUUUGUCAAUUUAUUGAAAACUUUUUGAGCAAACUAAUUUUAUUUACUGACCUCAAAGUUUUGAACAGUGGUGUAUAUCAGUCUGAUCUGUGUCUCAAAAGAGGCGAGACAUCAAUUACUGCAGAAAAAUGUGAAUCUUAUUCUGAAUCUUUGUUAUUCUAGCUGGUAAAGUCUACAAAGAAAAGCAAAAUUCCUUUUUAUAAAUAGAUGUAAUUGUUCUUCUCUUCUUGUUAAGGCGGCAUCUUAAUGAAUGCGAGUCCUUUUAGCCUGACCAAGAGACUGUUAAAACUGUAUAGCCGUCAUGUCAGAAGACUAAAUGUUUAGUGUUUUGAUGGACCCGUAGAGCUAGUAUCCUUGUCAAUAGUAUACCGUAUACGUAAUUAACUAACAUAUCUAAACUAUCUUGGAUUACCGAAAUGUUUAUAUAAUUCCAAUUCGAUUUCCAAAGAAGACUACAAAAAAAAAAAUGCUGCAAAACAUUUGUGCUGUGAAUUUCUCUUUCUGAGCAUUUCUACAUGCACAUGCUCAUUGGAAGAGCAGCAGCUUUGGAUCAAAAUACGUAUUUAGUCCUAUUACUUUAUUAUAGAAGCAUUUAAUCAUUUAAUGAACUCUUUACGUCUGUAAUCCACCCCUUGACAAGCAGUAAUCUAGAGCUGUCGUGUUUUCUCAUGCAGUUUUGUAGGAUCUGAUAGGGUUUUAUGCACUGAACUAAAUGAUCUUUAAUGGGAUAGUUCACCCAAAAAUGAAACAAUUCUGUCAUUGUUAUUGUGGUUUAAUUCAGCAGUUGAUGACUAAAGGAAAUGUUUAUCAGAAGAGUGUCUAUACUGUAAAAAUGCUGGGUUUCACACAAUAGAUUUGUGUUGGGACAACAUGAAGGAAUUAAGUUAAUGUAUUAGUUUUAAAAGCUCAAGUGGAUUAAACAUAAAGCAAUUAAGUUGUCCCAAAAAAAUAAGUAAACAGAAAAAAUAAAUAAGUAGUGUGAACAAACAGCAAAUGUCUUUUUUUUGAGUGACAAACUCAAAAAAAAAAAAAAAAACACUAGGCUUUGUUACAGAUGUGACUUACUGACAUCAUGUAACUCAAAUUAUUUUGACGAUUAACUAAAGUUUCCUAUAUGCUGUAUGUCGCCUAAUUUAGUUUGGCAAUUCCAAUGCUUUUUCACAUCAGUUCGUAACUUUUUGAUCAAGUGCACUAAAAAUGACCUUUCCUGCUUGUUCAAACUACAUAUUCCAGAUAAGCUGUAUCAACACAAUUCUUAAGGUUUUUUUGGGACAGCUUAAUUGUUUUAUGUUCAAUCCACUUAAAUUUGUAAACAUGAUUAAGAUAACUUAAUCGAUUUUUGUUGGGACAACAUGGAGGAAUUGUGUAGAGUCCAGAAUUUUUUUUACAGUGAUUUGCUCAUGCUCCAUUUACUGUUGGGACUAAAUUUGUUUGAAUUAGCCACUAAACUGACAAAACUUAAAAUAUUUAAGUUUCCUCAAGAGAUCAGGCUGGCAUUUCAUCAUUGGUUGACUCCUUGAUGCUUGCCGUCAUUGAUAUUUAAAACUUUUUUUUGUCAAAAAUAAUGAUUCUGCCAUUAUUUACUCUCUCUCGUGUCAUUCCAAAGCUAUAUUGACAAAAUAGUUAUUGAAGAAUGCUGAUAACCACAGUUUCAUUCUCAUUGGCUUUUUUUUUUUUUCGAUGCGAUGGACGUCAUUGGGAGCUAAAACUAGUGGUCGAGAGAGCUUAACAUGCAGCAAUUACAAAAAACAUCAGCAAAUUGAGAAAAACAUUCUUCAAAAUAUCUUAUUUUGUGUUCAAUAGAACACAACAUGAGAACAACAUAAACAUUACAGCGUGAGGGCGAGUAAUUAUGACGGAAUUUAUAUUUGCUUUAAACUGAGGAAAAUCAUUCUUAUUUUGAAGGAAACAACACAACACAAAGGAUGACAGAAUUAAAUUUUUCUGUGUACUGUUCCUUUAAAUCCAAUCUGCUUUUAAUUGAAUGCUAAUUUGCUUGCGUGAAAAAUCUCAUUUACACCUAUAAGCUGCCUCUGUGCCUUGAGACACACUCGCUUCAGUCAGAUUUGUGACACUAGAGAUGUAAAAAUUGCAUUAGCGUAUUUUACAAUAUCAUCUAAUAAAAUGAACAAGCACCCUUCAAAGACUUUCAUUAAUGCUUUAUUCACAGUUUCAUAGGAGUCUCAAUUUAAAAAAAAGUAUUUCUUUGCACAUGACUUUUUUGGGGCCGUAAUGUAGGGUUGUGCAUUUGUGUGUUUGACCAAGUAUGUACAUGUAAAUGGGUGCAAUAUGGUUUGCAUACGUUUUGUGACGUUGUUUGUGUGCUUGUGUGAAGCACAGAUGCUCUGUUGCUCAUUGUGUUUUAACCAGUGCGAACAAACUAUGUGAGACACUACUGUUCAGGGAGGUGGACAUUAUUCAACUAAAUAAAGAUCUAACUCAUUUAAA